AUGACCAUCACAACCGUCAUCGGGAUGAUACAGAUGCCCCCCCAACAUGCUACCGUCAGUGUAUGGCUGUACGAGCAGCUCUCGAUCCGUAUCGAGGGCAAGAUUAGGGGCUUCGACGAGUUCUUGAACCUGGUGCUUGACGAUGCCGUUGCGGUGGGCCAGAUCACCAAGACGAGAACGGAGGAGACGAGGGAACCUCUAGACUCCUCGGGCAGCGUCAGACACCACGAGCAGGGCUCACGGCAAGGACUUUACAUCCAGUCUUCAAUCCGACCAUCCGACCUAUCACACGCCUUCUUCAAUAUGGCAAGCAAAGAGAAGGACCAGGCGACAAUCGAGCGCGCCAAGACACUGGCCAAUGUCCCGUGGUGCGAUGACUAUGAGAAGAUGGUCUCGGGCGUCUUAUCAGCUUCGAGCCGGGACGCUCACCACGGACUUUCUAGGUACAACUGCCAGGCACCGGAGCUGAUAGAUGGCCGGUUCCGCGCCCGCAGGAUGAUGCACAAGUACAACACCCAUUUUCCGGAUGAUGCCACGCCAGAUUCGCUCCUAGCCGAUAGGAAAAAGAUGCUUGAGGAAGUCUUUGGCCACGUAGGCAAGGGCGCGUAUAUAGAACCGCCGAUCAACAUCGACUACGGCUGCAAUGUCUCUAUCGGCGACGACUUCUACUCCAACUUCAAUCUUGUCCUGCUCGACUGCGGAAUGAUCAAUAUUGGCAACCGCGUCAUGUUUGGUCCCUUCGUCUCCAUCUUUGCGGCCACGCACGAGACUGGCGUGCAGUCCCGGAGAGACGGCGUCGAGUACGCCAAGCCGGUGACGAUCGGUGACGACUGCUGGAUCGGAGGAAACACGACUAUCAUGCCGGGCGUCACUAUAGGCAAGGGUUGCACGAUCGCAGCAGGCAGCAUCGUAACUAAGGAUAUCCCAGACUUUUCAGUUGCCAUGGGAUCCCCGGCCAAGGUGGUCAAGAAGGUUGAUCCGGUGCCGGAUCU